UUCCAGAGGCGCGCAUCUCGAGAUUAUCCGACGGUAGAUGGUGUAAAGCUAGUGCUUAGUGCCACACUGACACGAUUGCCUGUGUCCACAUACAUGUAUACAUUUGACGGUUUGGUCUAGGGGUCUCCGAUAGUGGAACUGCUGUCCUGUGCCCCUUCACACUCCCCAGCAAGGCGACAUCCUCAAGGUACACCACUCCUCAUCUGAUGCUUCUUGAUCAGCUUUCUCUCCAUUGUUUUUUUUUCCUAGAAUUCUAACUAAUUUUCUGCAAGUCCUAGUUCCUGAUCAUCUUUUUGAUUGUAGCAAGUUCGUGUGAUUGUUAGUGUUAUUGUCUGUGUGUACUGCAAAUGGUUGCCUGGAGUUUAACUAUGGGUUUGUUGAACAAAUGGACGCACUGUAUUUGGGUUCCCCAGAUGAGCGCCUGGAAGUUGCAAUGCAUUUUGUUUCCAUCUUCGUCAUUCUAGUGCCUGCAUUUGUUUUGGUUAAUUUGUAAGGGGGGAACAAGUAGAACUUUGAAAUGUUAAUGCUUAUGUGAGCCAAAUAGAUUCCGGACAGAACAUCCAUGAUUCAUAUGCCACAGAGACUUCGCAUUGACACAUUUUUAUCUUUAAGUGAGCCAUCAGUGCUCAGCCGACCGAUCAAUGGCCAAAAUAUGCAGAUUGUUCUGUUUCUGAUUGUUCAGAAGUUGAUGCAGCUUUCUGAUUUUGCAGAUCUAUUUUCUUUUUAUUCAAUUUCUUUGCUCUACGUUGUAUUUGCACUGAACGAUGUUUUCUUUAUAUUUAUCUCGCGUACUUAUUCUUAACAUAUCAAGUUCUGAGACAUCAUUCAUCUGCUGAUACAUACAAGUAUCAUGCUCAGACUAUUUAUUGACUUCUGCUUUUGCUGCUGCCAGAAUUUCUCCAAGAGUUCACCAUGGAGAACUCUGAAGAUGAAGCAGAGAAUGGCAAACUACCCUUGGAAUUGGAGCCAUUGCGCUCAUUAGCGCCAAAGUUUCCUACUAUUUUGGGAUAUGAUGUGGAAACUCAAUCAACCAAUCCAUUGUUAGUUUAUGCCACACCAUUCUCACAACAGCCUCAAGAAGCCCCAGCUUCAUUUUCUCUGCCCUUACCAAAGUCACCAGUUCCUAUAAAAGCUACACCAAUCUCAGCGGCAUUUCCAACACCGCAACAUGAAGAUGAAUCAUCAGAUCAAGAUUACAAGCCCUUUUGCAGGCAGAAAAAACCAACGCUGCCAAAGAGAGCCAAGAGGCCCCAGCAAGCUGAGAAAUCUAAUGAUGCCAACAUCAAGCGCAGAUCAAUAAGGAGGAGCCUGGACAACGAGUUCAACUUGUGUUCAUCCUCAUCAGACAACCCAAAGGAAUCGGUGGAAGGAAUCCUGAUGAUGUUUGAUUCCCUUCGGCGCCGUGUACUGCAGUUGGAUGAAAAGGAGGAUGCAAGCAGGCGGGCUGACCUGAAAGCUGGCACCCUCAUGAUGCAGAACAACCUCAGAAUCAACAAUCAUAAGAUGAUAGGGCAUGUGCCUGGUGUUGAAGUCGGCGAUAUCUUCUUCUUUAGGAUUGAAAUGUGCAUCAUUGGUUUGCAUGCACCAGCCAUGGGUGGCAUUGAUUACAUCUCUUCUAAGAACAAAGAUGAGACUCUGGCUGUCUGCAUCAUUUCAUCUGGAGGCUAUGAGAAUGACGAUGAUGACACUGACAUUUUGGUCUACACAGGACAGGGAGGCAAUAGUCGUCACAAGGAGAAGCAUGAUCAGAAGCUUGAGAGAGGUAACCUUGCUCUCAUGAACAGCAAGAUCAAGAAGAAUCAGAUCAGGGUUGUGCGCAGCGCACAAGACCCCUUUUGUAACUCAGGCAAAAUAUAUAUUUAUGAUGGGCUUUAUCGUAUCGAAGACACUUGGACAGACACGGCAAAGAACGGAUUUAAUGUUUUCAAGUACAAGCUGAGAAGGGACCCAGGACAGCCUGAUGGAAUUUCACUUUGGAAGAUGACUGAGAAGUGGAAAGCAAAUCCUGCCACAAGAGAAAAGGCUAUAUUGUUGGAUUUAUCAUCAAAGGUUGAACACCUACCUGUGUGCCUUGUUAAUGAUGUUGAUGAUGAAAAAGGGCCAAGUCACUUCAAUUAUGUUGCUGGAGUGAAGUAUUUGAGACCUCUUAGGAAGACAAAACCAUUACAAUGUUGCAAAUGUCCUAGUGUUUGCUUGCCUGGUGACCCUAAUUGUUCGUGUGCGCAACAGAAUGGUGGUGAUCUUCCUUACAGCGCAACGGGAUUGCUGGCAAAGCACACUCCAAUGGUUUAUGAGUGCUCCUCUAACUGUCAGUGUUCUCAUAAUUGUCGAAACAGGAUCACACAGAAGGGUAUAAAACUGAACUUUGAGGUAUUCUGGACUGGAGACCGUGGCUGGGGCCUGCGGUCUUGGGAUCCUAUCCGUGCUGGCACAUUCAUUUGUGAGUACGCCGGUGAAGUCAUUGAUGAAACUAAGAUGGACAUAGAUGUUGAGGAAGACAAAUAUACCUUUUGCGCUUCAUGUCCCGGCGAUAAGGCUUUAAGCUGGAAUUUGGGAGCAGAAUUACUUGAAGAAAAAAGUACGGCUGUGACAACCAAGAACUUUAAGAAGCUACCAAUCAUCAUAAGAGCAAACAAUGAAGGGAAUGUGGCUCGUUUUCUGAACCAUAGCUGUUCUCCUAAUCUCCUUUGGCAAGCUGUACAGUAUGACCAUGGCGAUGACAGCUACCCCCAUAUCAUGUUUUUUGCAAUGGAACAUAUCCCUCCCAUGACUGAACUGACUUAUGAUUAUGGUACAAGAGGUGCUCCCCCUGGCUUUGAGGGAAAACCCUUCAAAGCUUGCAAACUCAAAUCAUGCCUCUGUGGCUCUAAGCAUUGUCGAGGUUUGUUCUGAUAAAAGAUAUGGAGGCUGGUGUACUAAAGCAGGAUAUUAAGCUACUCUAUGAAUGGUAGCAUAAAGUGAUAAAGGGGCUCUCUGUAUUUGUGGUGGUGGGUUAGUGGAAAUGUAGCAAGGACUGCUGCUUUGUGUGGCAUGAGAUGAGACCCUCACAUUUUGUGCUGUACAUUGCCGAUGUCGUAGGCCUGUAGCCACCAAUGCAAUUACUAUAUCUUUUGCUAGUUGCUGUGGUAGAAUUAAAGCUCUGUUAACUUAGUGGAUGAGAUCAUAUGGAUGUGAAGCUGUAGCACUAAACCCUGUUAACUCUCUGAAUGAGAUCAUCUGCAUUACUGCAAA